AUGUCGAAACUUUCUCCCUCCUUGAAAGCUCUCAUAAGUGCACCUUAUGCUCGCCCAGGCUAUGCACCUGCACCAAGGAAUAUCCGUUCCGUUUUCCAAAAGAUUGAAGAGGAGGCUUCCGCGAACAAUGUUGGACUGCUAUCAUGGCUAACGAUCUCGACAGCUGCGACUAUGACCAUGAAUUCCCCCGAUUCAAUGAUAGAGCUCUUUCGUCUUGCGACGAAGGAUAAGGAUCAUGCGCAUGCAGUGAAAACUGUGGAGCAGAUGAGGGAGGUGGGACUGAAAUGUAUAGGUUUCAAUGGGAUCCCCAGAACAAUCAAUGUUCUAGGCCAGUUCCGCGCAAAUCUACCAGAUGAAAUCAUGAAUUCGUUGAACAAAACACCAUCUCGUGAAUUGACGACUGCAAAUGUUGACGAUGCCAAAGCCCGAGGCCGUGGGCUGUGGGAUUCUAUCUAUCGUCCCUUUGAAACAAAACUACUUAAUAAACUUGCGGAAUCACAUCCAGAUCUCCCAGUCUUCAUCCUGAAUUCCUAUUCUAGUCUCUUCACCGAUCCUUCUGUCUCUUCACGACCAGUCAAGAUUGGAAGAGUUCUCACAAGUCUAAUUGGUAUAACAUGCUUAAGAGCACAAACUGGAGUAGGUCCGCAGGUCACCAGUCACGUAUUUGGUUUACGAAAAGCGUUUGAGGAUGGUACAUAUAAGGCUGCAGGCGAAGAACCUGUAGAGGGAGGAGAAUGGUUAGCAGACGAGGAAGGAAAUGCUUGGAUUCUUAAUACCGUAGAUAAGAUUGUUGAAGCUAUUGGUGGAGAGAGCGGAGGAACUACAUUUGCCCCUGGUAUUAAGGCAAAAUUGUAG